AUGUCAUCGAAUAUCACGUCGAAGCCGCUUUUCCCACAGGCCCUCACGACCUCAUUCUCGCACAGACUCUCGCAGUCAAACAGUGCGCUGUUCUCGAACCUCUCCACGUCGAGAGCAUCCAAGAGACAGGCGACGUCGAAGGUGAACUAUGCAGAGGACUACCCAGACAUCGACUUUGACUUUGAGGACUCCAACAACAACAACGGCGUGGGCGGCGGUAGCCUGAACGGGGCCGGCGGUAGCGGCAUCCUCAACAGCGGGGCCGGCGGCGUGCUCGUCAACAACAACAACGGCGGCGGCACUUUCAGCGGCAGCAUUAUUGACGGGAACCAUUACGGGACAAUUAACGGACUUGGUGACGUGCUUGGCGGCACUGGUGCUGCUGGUGGCGACGUCAAUGUCAACGCCAACGGCGCCAGCGUGAGCGGGAACCGAGACUUUGAAGACGACGACGAAUACGUGGAGGACGACGACGAGAAGAACGACGCCACGUACGAGGACCCGAACGCGGCGUUUGACAUUUACCGAAACUUGAUUCUCAACUCCAACAACAGCUCGAUCAACCUCUCGAACUACCACGGCAACAAGGAGGCGCCACAGGACCUUCCGCAGAUCGUCUUCACGCCUUUCGAGGUGUUGUCAAACUCCGCGAAUCCGGAGGUCAUCAUACCGAUCAAGUUGAAGAUCAACACCAGCGGGGCUGUGAUUAACGACUGCUUCCUCUGGAACCUGAACGAGACGUUGAUAACGCCCGAGACUCACGCGGCCAUAAUGUCGCAGGAGCUGGACCUCGCCCGAAACACAGAGUCGUCCAUCGCCAACCAGAUCAAAGACCAGAUCCAGUCGUACAAGGAUCUACUUGCAAACCCGAACAACGCCAUCAUCGAUCAGUUCCUAUCGAACGAGAAGGAGUUCCACGUCGUUUUGGACAUCUCCGCAAACAUUGGUGAGGACUUCUACACAGACAAGAUCGAAUGGAACUUACUCGAUGACACAUACACCCCGGAGAUGUUUGCUAAGUCUGUGUGCAACGACAUCGGCCUCAAGCCUGAGUUCGAGACCGCCAUAGCUGUCGCCAUCUACGACGAGAUUUACAAGUUCAAGCGAGAGCUCAUUGAAAACCCACAGCAGGUGUCGCAGAAUAUGGAUUCCUUACCUUUCUUCAACCUCAUCAACCCUGACGACGCGUCCAAAUCGAUUGUGCAGGGACUUCGCUACGAUACCAAGAAGUACGGUGAGGAGUUCUCCCCUACAGUGGAGAAGUUGAGUGAGUGGGAGAUCGAAAAGAGAGAGACCGAGAAGGAGCGUAAUUUGAGAAGGAGAAAGAGAGAAACCUUACGUGUGGUCAGUGGGGUUACCAGGUGA